ACAGACAUCUUCAAAUUAAUAAACAAAAUCUUUGUCACCGCGCCGGAGCGGAACAAUAGAUAUGAAACAAACGCACGCUUCACUGAGAUCGGUUUCCAAGCACGAGUUAAUGAAUCCGCCUCCCCGAUAUAUCCUCUUUCUGAAAACAAGCCAACGGUCUGGCUCUCGCUCGCUAGUCUGAUUGCGCUGUAGAUUCGCAAUUCCGAGCAGCUUUUAAAACAAAUAAUUCAGAUCGCAGCCAGACUUUGCCAGAGGCAAAACACACGACAGCACAGCAGGCAAGGUUCGGUCCGACCAGCACAGGAGAGAGGAGGAUUGAGAGAAAGCGAUAGGCGCGUUCACACAGUGAUAACAGUUGGACUGGAUAUGCAAAUGAGCUGCCAGGAACGAGGGCAUGGAGCACCCACGAGCCUUCUCAAGUAUUUGAUCGAUAGGGGAUAUUAGGGUCAGCUAGCCAGAUCGGACGCAGUUAUAAACAACUCGAUGACGGCGCGGCUCACUCCGAGCAAGUUGAGAAACUGUGUGCAUCACAGACUGUCAAAACCAAAGGCGUGUUUAACAUAUUCAGCUGUCAAAUAGGCUACAAGUCUACUUUCGCAACAACAUGUCAUUGUUUUGUCAGAAGGACAGGGGGAUUUGAAUGACUCGGACGGGGAGGACAAAAAUUGGUAGCCCUAAGGUUUUCGACAUGCCAGAGAAUGUUUCGUUCUCCAGGAACCGCACCGAACUGGACGCGCGGCCGGGGGCGCGUCCGGCAUGGGCUAUCACGGUGCUGGCCAGCGUGCUGAUCUUCACCACGGUGGUGGAUGUCUUGGGCAACUUGCUGGUUAUCAUUUCAGUGCUUAGGAACCGGAAACUUAGGAAUGCGGGGAACGUGUUUGUGGUGAGCCUGGCCUUUGCUGACCUGGUGGUGGCCUUCUACCCCUACCCCCUGGUGCUCUACGCCAUCUUCCAUGACGGCUGGUCGCUGGGAGAGACACAGUGCAAAGUCAGUGGUUUCCUGAUGGGCCUGAGUGUCAUCGGCUCCAUCUUCAACAUCACCGGCAUCGCCAUUAACCGCUACUGCUACAUUUGCCACAGCUUUGCCUAUGACAAGCUCUACAGCUACCGCAACACCCUCUUACUGGUGGGGCUCAUCUGGCUCCUCACCAUCCUGGCCAUCAUACCCAACUUCUUCGUAGGGUCGCUCCAGUACGACCCCAGGGUGUAUUCGUGUACCUUUGCUCAGGCCGUCAGUACAUCGUACACCAUCACUGUGGUGGUGAUUCAUUUCUUCGUGCCCAUCGCCGUGGUUACCUUCUGCUACCUGAGGAUCUGGAUCCUGGUCAUCCAGGUGAGGAGGAAGGUGAAGUCAGAGGCGAAGCCCCGCCUCAAACCCAGCGACAUGCGCAACUUCAUCACCAUGUUCGUGGUGUUCGUGCUCUUCGCCAUCUGCUGGGCGCCGCUCAACUUCAUCGGCCUGGCCGUGGCCAUCGACCCGGAGACGGUGGCGCCACGGAUCCCCGAGUGGCUUUUCGUGGUCAGCUACUUCAUGGCGUAUUUCAACAGUUGCCUUAACGCCAUCAUCUACGGCCUGCUCAACCAGAACUUCCGUAAGGAAUACAAACGGAUUAUCAUGUCCGUGUGGAUGCCUGGUCUGUUCUUCCAGGAGGCGUCACAGGGGGGCACAGAAGGUAUGAGGAGCAAGCCCUCGCCCAGACUGGGACUCAACAACAACGAUCACGUCAAGGGAGAGGCUUUAUGACGCUGAAGCCAAGGUCCUCUCAUCCUCUCCUCUCCUCUCCUCUCCUCUCCUCUCCUCUC